CACACAAUAUUCAAAAGAUAGAUGCGGCUUGGGAUCAAGUUCGUCGCCCGCCCAUGGAACCUAUUACAGAUUUUUGGCAGGCUAGAGUGCCUCGAGAAAUGAAAGGACCAGACGGAAUUCAUCCGAUCUCUUCCAUUCCACAACACGAAAGUCGAAUUUUACUCUCCUUAGCUAUCGACUGGUUUAACCCGUAUCACAAUAAGAUCGCAGGAAAGUCGGCUAGUACUGGGGUAAUGUUUAUGACUUGCCUGAACCUCCCUUUAAUGGAACGAUUGAAGCCAGAAAAUAUCUAUUUUGUUGGCAUCAUGCCAGGAAAGAAGCAACAAAGCAAUUUGGAUGGGAUUCUGAGGCCAUUGGUGGAUGAGCUUCUGGAGUAUUGGAAUACCGGCGUCUAUCUCACCGGUCUGCCUGGAAUAGAUUGCCCUCGCCUUGUCCGUUCCGCACUUGUUCAGCUGAUUUGCGACUUGCCAGCAGCCAGGAGUGUGGCCGGAAGAGGCGCGGCGGACAAGCUCCUGAAAGCAGACCCAAGGGCUGUGCGCUGGAGCGAGUUGAACAGAUUACCGUAUUGGAAUCCGAUUACAUAUACUGUUUUAGAUGCUAUGCAUCUUAUUUUGCUGGGAAUGUGUCAAUUCCACUGGCGGAAAUUCUGGGGUGGGGAUCACAUCCCAAGUAACACGGGGGAUGCAACUAUACCGAGUCUUAUAAUCCCGCAGUCAUCUCUUAUAACAGGAGAUGAACCGGCUUAUCCGUCACUCGAGGA